AUGUCCCUCCGGCCGUCAAUAAACUUGACAAGACGCUGUCUCUUCAGCUUAUCAUCAACGUCCAGGCGAACUUUUGCUCAACAGGCACGGCAAACUCGACCUCCGCCUCCUCCGCCCUUUCAGACUGUCGCAACAUGUCCGGAGCCGACAUGCGGGUGCGCGGCUACUCCUGCUAUGCCAGAGGAUCUCCCUCUGGACCGUGAGGGGCCUCUUAAAGGCGCAAUUGCUGGGUAUGCAGAGCAUGUACUAGUGUGUACAGGAAAUGCAGAUUGGCCAUCGAGAAUAGAGGAUGAUAAUGGCGGUGAUUGCCUCGCUGCGGAUCUGAAAGAGUUGUUUGGACGUGGAGGGACUUAUAGCGAUGUUGGUUUUCUCUUAUUAUGUGUGGAUUGUCUUGCUGAUUCUUGUAGCCUUUUCAUAAUAUUUCUGUUCUCAACUCGUCGUUUCCGAGCUCUGUUUCACCACGUCCUGAAGUUCAAACCACAUCCGUGUAUUUGGUUCCAAGCUUCAAAUACGUCCCUUUUCUACCGCGGGUAUCAUUUGAUAGUGUAG